AACCUCGGCAACCAAUUUGAAGCUUUGGAAAUCAUCGGCCGCGGGUCGUUCGGCACGGUGCGAAAGGUCCGUCGGAAGGAGGAUGGGCUUAUAGUUGUACGCAAAGAAAUGGAGUAUCAGGCCAUGAAUGCACGCGAACGCACGCAGCUUGUGGCAGAAUUCCGCAUUCUUCGCGAACUCAACCACCCAAACAUUGUCAGCUACUACAGCCAUGAUCUGCUUCCCGAACAGAAAAUGCUACAUCUCUACAUGGAGUACUGCGACGGUGGAGACAUGUCUGCGAUCAUCAAGCAGUUCAAGGACGACCGGGAAUAUAUUCCCGAGCAGUUUGUGUGGAGCGUUCUCGUACAAAUGCUUCUUGCACUACACCGGUGCCACUACGGGCGCGAUGUCGCGCGCUGCGAACUCUUCGCGCACGGCCCCGCGCCCGCGCACGUGGACGCUGCAAAAGUCAUCAUCCACCGCGACAUCAAACCAGACAAUAUCUUUUUGACCAACAACAGCGAAACGGUAAAAUUGGGGGACUUUGGUCUAGCAAAAAUGUUGAACAGCCAGCAGGAGUUUGCCAAAACAUACGUGGGAACCCCCUAUUACAUGUCGCCGGAAGUGCUCGUCGACGCGCCUUACAGCCCGGUUUGCGACAUCUGGUCGCUCGGCUGCGUGAUCUACGAGAUGUGCACGCUCCACCCGCCGUUCCAAGCAAAAACCCAUUUACAGCUCCAGGCAAAGAUCAAGGAGGGAGGGUAUCCGGACGUCUCGGGGCGCUACUCCACCGAGUUGCGAAACCUUAUUCGCGCGUGCAUCACAGUCGACCCCGCCGCGCGCCCCACCACGCGCGACUUGCUCGACAACUUGUCGGUCAAAUUCAUCCGCAAGGAGAUGGAGUUGAAGGCGUUGGAGGCAAAGUUGCAGGGCCGUGAGCGCCGGCUCGAGGCUGCCGAAGGCGAGAUGGACGCGAGGGCGAGCGAGUUGGAUGCAAGGGCGCGAGAGGUGGAAGCCCGCGACGCUACGGUACAGGAGUCGCGCGCGAGCUUGGCUGCACGCGAGCAGGACGCGCAGCGCCGGGAGCUGCAGCUCCAUGCCGACUUGCAGCUGCGUCUCGUGAAGAAGUUUGCCGCGGAUCUCGAAAACUUGAAGCGGACCGUGGAGGAGGAGGCCAGGUCCGAUAGGCUUAAGUACCAGAAGGAGUUUGACUUUGUGGUGGAGCACACCGUGAGAAAGGAGAUUGAGCGAUUGUUGUCGUCGCAGGGUAACCUCAAGGGA